AUGCAUCCAUCUGACACAGCCUGGAGCACCAAAUCCACACCAAGUGAAGAUGGAACAACUCGCCAUACUGUGAGGCUAAUUUUGGAUUUACUGAUGAUCAUCGUUGCCCUGGCUGGGCUGGCAGGAAACAUGGUGGUGCUCUGGCUGCUGGGCUUCCGCAUGCGGAGGAACCCCUUCUCUGUCUACAUCCUCAACCUGGCGGGAGUUGACUGCCUCUUCCUCUGCAGCAGGAUUAUACUUUCCCUAAGUAGAAUCGUAGAAUCGCAUCUCAUUUCUUCUAAUAUACUUCUGAUUAGCUUCUCUGUGUCCAUCUUCACCUACAUCGCAGGCCUGAACAUUCUCAGCACCAUUAGCACAGAGCGCUGCCUGUCGGUCCUGUGGCCCAUCUGGUACCGCUGCCGCCGCCCCAGACACCUGUCAGCCAUCACGUGUGCCCUGAUCUGGGCCCUGUCCCUGCUGCUGAGCAUCCUGGAAGGGAUGUACUGUGUCUCUCUCUGGGGAAACCAUAAUAAUUGUCUGGAGUUUGAAUUCAUCAUUGCUGCGUGGCUGAUUUUGUUAUUUGUGCUCAUGUGUGGGUCAAGCCUGGUCCUGAUGACCAGACUGCUGUGUGGCUCCCACCGGGUGCCGCUGACCAGGCUCUAUGUGACCCUCAUGCUCACAGUGCUGGUCUUCCUCCUCUGCGGCCUGCCCUAUGGUAUCAACUGGUUCCUUCUCAGCUGGAUGGGAUAUCAUUUUUCUUUUCCUCUUAACCUGGUUGUAAUUCUCCUGUCCUGUGUCAACAGCUGUGCCAACCCCAUCAUUUACUUCUUGGUUGGGUCUUUUCAGCAGCGAUGGCGGAGGGGGCGACAGACCCUGGGGCUGGUUCUGCAGAGGGCUCUGCAGGACACUCCUGAGGUGCAGGAACAUGGAGAAAGCCUUCCUCAGGGAACCCUGGAGAUGUCG